AUGGCUGAAAUACAAAAUGAAUCGGAAGAAUCAUUGAAAGAACCAAAAAUAGAAAAUAAUGAUGAAGAACAGACGUUGAAUAAAAUAAAAGUAGAAGUAAUAAAAGAAGAACAACAAACAUCUGUCACCAGUGAACUUCAUCAAACAGAAAUAGUCAAAUUAACCGUUGAAAGUGAAAUGCCAAUUGAAGAUUUAAGGAAAUUAUAUACGAGUUCAUCUAAUAUAGUAAAUAUACCGACAUCAAAACAAGAAGAAAUUAAUACAUCUAGUGAAGAUUCAACAGAUCAAGAAGAUAGUGGUUAUCAACGUUUAUUAAUCGCUGAACAUCCAACUUCAAAUGAAAACGGUGAUGAAGAAGAUAUUGAUGAUUCAUCAUUUACAUUUUAUUGGCAAAAAGCUAUUAAUAUUGGUGAUCAAUAUCAAGCUGUUAUUCCUGAUUUACUUAUAUCAACCGACCACAAUGAUCAAGAAUUACCUAACGAUCAAUUACUUUGGUGUCCACUAUUGGAUACAAAUCAAGAUGAAAAUUCUUCCUUAGUUAAUAAAUAUUUAAAAUUAGCUGCUAAAGAACAUCGAACAGCUGAUGAAGAAAUUGUACUUGAAGUAUUUCUAUCAACAAAUUAUAAUAUUGAUCAAGCUUUAGAUAAACUUCGUUUACCAACAACGAAUAAAAAUUAUUUUUCAUCAGCAACAUGGUCAUUAACCGAAUGUGAUCAAUUCGAACAAUGUUUUAAAGAAUAUGGCAAAGAUUUUUCAAUGUUUAAGAUUCCAAAUCGUACUAUGUAUGAGCUGGUUUUUUUUUAUUAUAUUUGGAAAAAAUCAGCUCGCCAUGAUGUAUUUGUUCGACAAAAUCGUGUUGAAAAACGUCGAUUUCAUUUACAUCCUUAUGUUACUGAUUAUUUAGAAAAAUUUUUUGUUGAACAAGAACUUCAAUUAAUAAAUGCAUAUGAACAAAAUAAUUCUUCAGCAUUAUCAAUAAAUCCACAAUUAACUGGUGAUCAAUUAUUAUCAAAACGUCGUUUAAGUUCUGAUUUAUUUCUUAAGCCAAUGUCAACAGUUAAACGAGCAAAGUCCUUAAUAAAUCCAAAUGAUAAUGAUCUAGUUGAUUUAAAUGAAAAUCAACAAACAAUAACAAGUUCAAGUUCAAUAUUAACAAAAAAACCUCAUGAAGACAUCAAAUAG